AUGAUGAAGAAAGGAAGAGAAUUUUCCAAACCGACUGCACCGUGGACGGUUGUCAUCGAGAUUCACACGGCUGACUCAGCAUGCUGGGACGAUGCAGGGACGGGGAAUUGGAGCCAUGGGCAUUGGAAAAAAGAAGCAAGAGAAGGCAGAGAAGCACAGUUCACCGAUGCCACAUUUGUUUUCUCGAUUCGCAUUCCGAGAUUCAUCAAACGCUAA